AUGGCUGGGUUAAAUGAAUCAACAAAGCCCGCCGGCUGGGACCACGACCGGACUUCCAAUACGUCCCCAGAGCUCUCCGACAAAACCGAGCAAGAUCCCAAGCUCAAGGAUUUCGACGUCGAGGGCCAGGGGCGCCGCGACUCUCGCCAUCAUGUCACUGCCAUCGAUGGCUCCUCUACGACAGAACGCGUUGGUCGCCAGAUCGAGAUGGAAUCGGAGAACACAAUCAAGUACCGCACUUGUAGUUGGCAAAAGACCGCUGCAUUGCUCUUCUCUGAGUACAUUUGCUUGGCUAUCAUGUCCUUCCCUUGGUCAUAUUCAAUUCUGGGUCUGGUCCCAGGUUUGAUUUGCACUGUGGUCAUUGCCGGCAUUGUCUUGUACACCUCAUUGAUUACUUGGAGAUUCUGCUUAAGACAUCCGGAAGUCCGUGAUGUUUGCGAUAUUGGCCAAUACCUCUUCUGGGAUUCCAAGAUUGCUUGGUGGGCCACGGCAGUCAUGUUCCUUCUCAACAACACCUUCAUCCAGGGUCUACACUGUGUGGUCGGUGCUGAGUAUCUGAACACAAUGUCUAACGGAGCAGUGUGCACCGUUGCAUUUGCCGCUAUCGUUGCGAUCAUUUCAUUCUUCUUUUCGCUGCCGCGUACUUUCAGCACGUUGUCUAAAGUUGCAACACUAUCGGCAUUCUUCACCUUCAUUUCUGUCAUCUUGGCAUGCGUCUUUGCCGGAAUCGAAGACCACCCCAAAGGUUACACCCCCGCCACUGGAAACCCAAUUGUUCUCGCUAUCCCAGCCAAGGGAACAACCUUUGUGCAGGGCAUGAACGCAUUCUUGAACAUCAGCUACACCUUCAUUGGUCAAAUCACCCUUCCCAGCUUCAUCGCGGAGAUGAAGGAGCCACGCGACUUUUGGAAGGCCGUGACCGCUGUGACGGUCGCGGAGAUUAUUGUGUUCAGUCUGGUCGGUGCGGUCACCUAUGUUUAUGUCGGAAACCAGUACAUGGUUGCUCCGGCGUUCGGAUCCAUUGGCGAUGACCUUUUCAAGAAGGUUUCCUUCUCAUUCAUGAUUCCAACCAUCAUUUUCCUGGGCGUGCUGUACGCCUCGGUCUCAGCUAGAUUCAUCUUCUUCCGUUUGUUUGAAGGUAGCCGCCACAAGAGUAACAACACUGUGGUUGGUUGGGCUUCCUGGGCUGCCAUCCUCGCAGCUCUCUGGAUCGCUGCUUGGAUCAUUGCCGAGGUUAUCCCCUUCUUCUCUGACCUGUUGUCCAUUAUGAGUUCCCUGUUCGAUUCCUUCUUCGGUUUCAUCUUCUGGGGUACAGCCUAUCUUCGCAUGCGGGCUGAGGACCACGGACCCCGUUUCUACAUGGUCCGUGGCAUUCGUGGAUGGCUCGGUGCUAUCUUUAACGUCUUCUUGAUUCUUGUUGGAUUCUUCUUCUUGGGACCUGGCACAUACGCUUCCGUUAUGGCUGUGGUUACCAGUUACCGCGAGGGCACUGUGGGUGGUGUAUUCACCUGUGCCAGUAAUGGCCUAUAA